UCCACAGAUACAGAUAAAUGGUUUAACGAUUUGUCUCGCAAUUAUUCUCGCAGUCAUGGCGUUAAAUAUGUUUAUUACAUCGAUUGUACUGAGCAACGGAUAUAUUUCGACCUGUCUGCAGUACGUGCAUCGAGUGAAAAGUUUUUUGAUGGUUUCCGGAAACAUGGUAGAAUUGAUAACAAACCGUAUGUCUUGUGGGACUAUUUACGAUUUCAUGGACUACUUACAACCACCAUCGCGACAGGUGACAUAUGAACUGAUCCAUCGACACAAGACCAAUCCACGCGAUUCCGUGAUUAAUACGUCGGCACUGUUAAUUAUAUCUAUUGUACUGUCGUGGUUGAGCACAUUAAUAUGGGUUAUAUUUACGUUUUUUACUUAUUAUUUCAAGUGAAUAGUUAAUAUGGUAGGUUCCUAGUGUUCCUGCCUAUUAAUAAAUGCUUAUACAUCUACUUAAUUAUUGUAUACAAAUUAUAUUUGUGUGUAACAUGCCCUAAACAUUUGAGUGUUUUACUAUAUAGUUAGUAUAUCUAAAUACUUUAUUAGUUUUGAAAAAUAUUGACUUGUAAUAUUUGCUAUUUUGUAGAUUGCAAAACAUUUGGUCGAUUAUUAACCAAUAAUAUCAAUAUUAUUU